AGAUAAAUAAAGAGCGCAGGCUUUGACAGGCACACUCACGUGCAUGUUGCCAUCGUCCUCCACCUCUACUGAAACUUAGCCCCAGCUGACAUCCGAACGGUUCUCAGCUUUCACGCGCUGUCCUGUCCAUCAUGUCCUUCGAGGUGAAGGAGAAGACCGAGGUGCGUCUCGUUUUUUUGGGAGCGGCCGGAGUUGGGAAGACGGCCCUGAUCCAGCGCUUUCUCAAAGACACCUUUGAACCCAAGCACCGGCGCACGGUGGAGGAGCUGCACAGGAAGGAGUACGAGGUGGCGGGUGUCAAAGUCACCAUCAACAUCAUGGACACCAGCGGCAGCUACUCGUUCCCGGCCAUGCGCAAACUCUCCAUCCAGAGCAGCGACGCCUUCGCCCUGGUCUACGCCGUGGACGACCCCGCGUCCCUGGAUGCGGUCAAGAGUCUGCGAGACGAGAUCCUGGAUGUCAAGGAGGACAAGUACACGCCCAUCGUCGUGAUAGGCAACAAGAUAGACCGCCACGACGAGCGCCAGGUGUCCAGCGAGGACGCGCUGUCCACGGUGGCGCUGGAGUGGAACCACAGCUUCCUGGAGUCCUCCGCCAAGGACAACGUGAACGUGCGGGAGGCUUUCAGGGAGCUGCUCCAGCAGGCCAACCUGCCCAGCCGGUUCAGCCCGGCGCUGUGCCGGAGACGCGAGACCAUCCCCAAGGAGAGCCCCCAAAGACCCCCUCUGAACAAGAACAACAGCUGCCUCAUCGCGUAAUGACGCGCGGCUGCACACUGCAGAG